GACCCCGGGCGUUCGGCGGAGAGCGAGCAGCACGCACUCAGCUCGGAGAAGUCAUGGCGGCGGCUCGGUGCGUGCGGCUGCUGUUGAGACCGCGGCGCUACCCGCUGCUGAGCUGCCCGCUGCGGACUUCUCCACGGUUGCUUUGCAUAGCAACACAACAGAAAAGCACUGGACAGAACUUGGAAGAUGACCAGAGUCAGAGCCAGAAUAAACCGAAGGCUGAACCAAGGUCUGCUGAGAAGAUAUUCAUUGAAGAAAAAGCCAAAUUGGAAGAGCAACUAAAAGAAAUGACUGACAAGUACAAGCGAGCCCUGGCAGAUACAGAAAACUUGAGGCAAAGAAGCCAGAAAUUGGUAGAAGAGGCAAAGUUGUAUGGGAUUCAGAGCUUCUGCAAGGACUUAUUAGAAGUUGCUGACAUUUUGGAAAAAGCAACUGAGAGUGUUCCAAAAGAGGAACUCAAGGAUGAAAACCCUCAUCUGAAGAACCUGUAUGAUGGUCUUGUCAUGACAGAAGUACAGAUUCAAAAAGUGUUCAAAAAGCACGGCCUGCUCAAACUGAAUCCUGUUGGAGCCAGGUUUGAUCCCUAUGAACAUGAAGCUUUGUUCCAUUCUCCCGUGGAAGGGAAGGAGCCUGGUUCUAUUGCAUUAGUAUCCAAGGUUGGCUAUAAGCUGCAUGGGCGUACCUUGAGGCCUGCCUUGGUGGGAGUUGUGAAAGAAUCUUAGUGGCCCAAUUUAUAAGAAUUAAAAAUGCCAUACAACUAUUAGAUGGCUGACUAGUUUUCCUCUUCCAAUGUGCUUUUUUUUCCAUUCCCACACUCUGUGGAAGGCUUAAAUUAACCAGUGAAACUGAAGCAAAUGCUGAAAUUGUAUUUCUUAAUGGACCAUAAAUAAUCUGAUGGACCUCCAGAGUGCAUUUUUUGUAUUGUAUUUUGCACUUAAGCAGAGCUGACAAGAGCCAUUAAACCAUCUGUAUUUUGG